GAUGCAAGAUGGCGGCGAACGCGACCGCCGCCGGUGGCGGCGGCCUCUCGCUCUUCGAGUGCCCUAGCUGGGCAGGGAAACCACCACCUGGCUUACAUCUGGAUGUAGUCAAAGGAGACAAACUCAUUGAGAAACUCAUCAUUGAUGAGAAGAAAUACUAUCUCUUUGGGAGAAAUCCUGAUCUGUGCGAUUUUACCAUUGACCACCAGUCUUGCUCUCGGGUCCAUGCUGCCUUGGUCUAUCACAAACACCUCAAGAGGGUUUUCCUCAUAGAUCUAAACAGCACACAUGGCACAUUCUUGGGUCAUAUCCGUUUGGAACCUCACAAACCCCAACAGAUACCCAUUGACUCCACAGUUUCAUUUGGCGCUUCUACACGGGCAUAUACUCUGCGAGAGAAGCCUCAGACACUGCCAUCAGCAGUUAAAGGAGAUGAGAAAAUGGGCGGUGAAGAUGAAGAGCUCAAGGGCUUGCUAGGCCUGCCAGAGGAGGAGACAGAACUUGAUAACCUGACAGAGUUUAAUACAGCCCACAAUAAAAGAAUUUCCACGCUAACCAUUGAGGAAGGGAACUUGGAUAUUCAGAGACCAAAGAGAAAACGGAAGAACUCCAGAGUGACAUUCAGUGAUGAUGAUGAAAUCAUCAAUCCAGAGGAUGUGGACCCUUCUGUUGGGCGUUUCAGGAACAUGGUACAGACGGCAGUAGUCCCUGUUAAGAAAAAACGGUUGGAGAAUCAAGGCUCGUUGACCACAGAUGAUUCUGCAUCACGACGUAUGCAAAACUUUCCCUACAGUGGAGGAUUAUAUGGUGGUUUACCUCCAACUCACAAUGAGGCAGGUUCCCAAUCGCAUGGUGUCCAUGGGACAGCACUCAUUGGUGGUCUGCCAAUGCCCUACCCCAAUCUUGCCCCAGAUGUGGACUUGACUCCUGUUGUGCCCUCAACAGUUAACAUGAACCCAGCUCCAAACCCUGCUGUCUUUAAUCCUGAAGCUGUGAAUGAACCCAAGAAGAAGAAAUAUGCAAAGGAGGCAUGGCCGGGCAAGAAGCCAACCCCUUCCCUACUGAUCUGAGUUGGGUUUUGUUGAGGGAGGGUGGGAGUUACGAACUCCAGAAACUGUUUAUGUGCAGUAUCGUCUUUUUAAAAUUUCAAUGUCCUAACCAGAUGUUUUACCAAGAUUGGAGAAGUGAAAUAUCCUUUAAAGAUCUGUCUUCAAAUGUUUUUAUAUGUCUGUUAAAAAAAAAAAGAAAUACAGCUCCCAUCUCCUUUUGAA